AUGUCCAACCAGCGACUGAGACUCUGGUUUAGGGGAAUAUCCGGCAGGAUCCUCCGAGGACUGUUGGCCUACCUUCGAAUGUUCUUGGCUGGCUGCGUAAGUUACUCCGGUCGCCUGCGAGAUGUGGUGGCUCAGGCAGGAGCUGAAACGGGUCUCCUGGCACUGAGUUUGUGCGUCAAUCGGAGUAUUCACCUACUGGAACGCCUUUUCUGGCUGGCGGUGGUCAUCAGCAGUGUGAUUGCCGCACUGGUGCUCAGUCGCUUCCAGUUGGAGCGUUACUUCAGCUCACCCACUGUGAUCUCCGUGGAUCGGGAUUAUCGUGGAUGGAAUGGAUCCCUGCCGGCAGUCACCCUGUGCUACUACGACCACAUCGAUUCCUUCAAGGCCAAUGAGUAUAUCCAGGAGGUGUGGAAUGUGUCCAUUAUUGACGAGGAUUACUUCUACUUUAUGGACUUCCUCUACGCGGUGGUGAAUGCCACGGCGGGCAACUACGCCGAACUGGCUAAGUUUUCGGAGGACGAACGCUUCGAUCAAAUAGAUCUCUACGAGAUGAUCCAGCGGGUGGAUCGACCCUUCGAGCAGGUGAUCAGCAGCUUCGACUCUGGAUUCCAAGUCCAUGUGCAGAGGGUGAUGACAGAACGAGGAUCCUGCUACGCCAUCAAUUCGCCCAUGUCCACGGUGCUGAGUGGCCAACCCGUUGCCUACGAGCUGAUGCCGCAACCUUUAUCCUGCCAGUAUGGCAAACAGCAGUGCUACAUUCGAAUGGAUCUGUAUGAAAGCACUGGAGUGAUAGACGUCCACUCGCCAUUUGAGGUUUCGGCCACAGAGGCGAACAUUGUGGCCCUGCACAAAUCCGACGAGAUAACGGCCUCGUUCAAGGUGCUAGAAACGGUGGCAUCGAAAAAUUUACGCCAACUCAGUGUGGCGCAACGCAAGUGUGUGUUCAACAAUGAGGAGACAUCCAACCUAAAGAUCUACAGCAAAUCCCUGUGCCUGGCCCGAUGUCGAGCGGUUAUGGCCCUGGAGAUGUGCAACUGCGUGCCCUUCUUCUAUCCGUUUGUCGAGGGACCCAGCUGCAAUCCCGCCGGAUUCGAGUGCCUGUUGGACUUCAAGUGGCCCAUCUGGGCACUGCACAUCUGCAAGUGCCCCUCCACCUGCACGGAGAUCGAAUACACCAUGCAGACGGUCAAGAAGAGUUCCUGGGGCGUCAAGAACAACGAGGAGGUGGCCAGCAGUGAGACAGCCACCUCCAGCUUCCGCUGGGAUCUGAUCCCUCCUAAAGUCCGCAUGCGACGGGAUGUGGUUUACAGUUUUGAAGACUUAGUAGUAUCCUUCGGAGGAGUCCUGGCCCUUUUCGUGGGCGUCAGCGUGAUGGGACUGGUGGAGAUGGGGCAUGUGCUCAUCUACAACUUGCUGCUGGACAUCUUUACUCUCCGCCGCGUGGUUUUUGGCCGCCUGAGGCGGUGCUGGCGAAGAGACGACCGCAAACCGGAGGCGAACCACCUCAAGAGCCGACUGCACCACUUCGACGACCGCCUCUCUUUGGCCGACACCGCUGAACUGCCUCCAUUUGACUAUGUGAAUUGA